UCUCCUUACUUUGGAACUAUAAAAGCUGGAGCCAGGGCAGGAACACACCAGAAGCUCACCCAGGCUGCUCCAGCAGGAAGAUGAAGGCCCUACUCUUCCUGUUGGCCCUUCUCUUGCCUCCUGGAGCUGGAGCUGAGGAGAUUAUCGGUGGUGUGGAGUCUAAGCCACACUCCCGUCCUUACAUGGCCUAUCUGGAGAUCACCACUGAGAGAGGUUACACUGGCAGCUGUGGUGGGUUUCUCAUAAACCAACAAUUUGUGAUGACUGCUGCACACUGCAAAGGAAGAAAAAUCACUGUCACUCUCGGAGCUCAUGACGUGAGCAAGACAGAAUCCACACAGCAGAAGAUAAAAGUCAAGAAACAGAUCGUUCACCCAAACUACAACUUCUAUUCCAAUCUCCAUGAUAUCAUGUUACUGAAGCUUGAAAAGAAAGCUACGGUGACUCCUGCGGUAGACGUAAUUUCCCUGCCUGCUCCGUCUGACUUUAUUGAACCUGGAAAAAUGUGCCGGGCAGCUGGCUGGGGGAGAACCGGCGUGCUGGAACCAACGUCGGAUUUGCUGAGGGAGGUGAAACUAAGAAUCAUGGAUAAGACAGCCUGUAAAAACUACUGGCAUUACAACUAUGACUUCCAGGUCUGUGUGGGCAGUCCGACAAAGAUAAGAUCAGCGUACAAGGGAGACUCCGGGGGACCUCUGCUGUGUGCUGGGGUAGCCCAUGGUAUUGUAUCUUAUGGACGUGGAGAUGCAAAGCCCCCUGCAGUCUUCACCCGAAUCUCCCCAUAUGUGCCCUGGAUUAAAAAAGUGAUAAAGGAGGACAGUAGCUGAAAAGCCUGGCCAGCCUGAGUCAGAGUCUGCAAGCCAGCGCUCUUCUAGAACCCUUGGGUACAACAAAGCCUGUCUCCAGCCUGUUCCCAGCCUGCC